CUUGGCUUUGGUUCCCCGUUCGCAUCGCGCGACGUCCUCAAUUGAGUUCAAGACUGUUGGCAGCUUCGAGUAGGCAGGGCCAGUUGAUGUCUUUGGUCGCAUACGCGGUGAGCUCGUCGCUUGACUGAAGACCUCUAGGGAAGGUUUGCUCUGCACAUGAGUCGACCGUAUUUCUUCUACUAGUACGUCGGGACGGGAAGGGUAUGCGGUUUGUGGGAGAUGCGGUCCUCGGUAUUGACCGUUCACCACGAGUCCCAUAUAGGUCCUCGGGUCAAGUUUUCCUUGUUCUACAUCUCUCUGAAUAGAUGCUGCGAGUUAACGUGAGCAGAACUCCCUGGAAGAACCCGUCGAUACCAGAUCAUGUGGAGAGUUUGGAACUUCAGUGUCCUGGGUUCAGGCCGGUUGACUGGGCCCUUCUGGAUGACCACCCGCAGCGCAGCCCUCCUUUUCCUGUUACAAACGUUGAGUUAUUCAGUGCGGUCUCGGCAAGUCUGGCAAGUUGAUAAGUCCGGUAUCCCAGCAGGAAGGACAUGGAAUGCUCUGAAACCAGAAAUGUUCAAGUCUCAAGCGCGAAUGCUUGAACGACGGGAGCGAAAGGUUACUGAGCCGCUAUUUCUUCCAGCUCUUCGCGUCGAGAUGAGCCCAUCGCAAGGAUCGGUUACUCUGGUCCAUCCAGACUAAUGAUCACAAUUGCUCGAUGGUCGAUGGCCUUCGGUAAAGAGCUUGAAUAAUCGAUAUUCGGUUUACACAUCGUUGUAGCUUCGGAGGAUUCGUGGGCAUGGAUAAGACGAGCGUCCUCGCUACUCAGUCGGAUGGCUUGAUGAGAGUCU